AUGGCUACUACAUCAUUUGAAGCACUCACAUAUAAGAGGGCUGGCAAGCUACGAUUCGUCAAAAACCCCAUUCCUUCGAAUAUAGGACCUACAUCAGUUCUGAUCAAGAUCCGAUGUGCUGCUCUUAACCCUGUUGAUAUUAAAUUGGCGAACCUUGCACCUCUCAGUUUCGUUCCUGGUGAAAAGGCUGUGGGUAGAGAUUAUUCUGGUGAUAUUGUCAAAGUGGGUGAUGCUAUCACUAACCAGUUCCAACCUGGUGAUAGAGUAUGUGGCAUGCUCGCCAAGAUUUGGGGCACAGGCACUCUUGCUACUCAUAUUGUAAUCGAUAUCAACAAACAGGCAGUUAUCAAGGUUCCAAAUGGACUCUCGUACGAAGAGGCUGCCGCAUUCCCUUUAUGUUUUGGAACCGCAUACCAAGCCCUAGCAGCAGCUGAUCCCAAACUUCUAAGAGGACCUGACUCUUCAGUUCUCAUUCUCGGUGGAGCCACUACUGUAGGCUCGUUUGCUAUCCAACUCGCCAAACAGCAUUUUGGUGUCGACAAAGUUGUUGCGACAUGCUCUACAUCGAGUGAAUCUUAUGUACGUGAGCUAGGUGCUGAUAUUACUGUCGAUUAUCGAAAGUCUAAGGAUCUCGCUAAGGAUAUCAUAAACGUUGUUAAUACAGACUUGGAUGGAAAAAGGUUCGCCUUUGUACUUGACUGUAUAGGAGGUUAUGAGGUUGUGUCCCAGUUUCCAAAGCUUCUGCUCCCCAGUAGAACGGGGUCCGCUUUUAUCUCAAUUGUCGGAGAUGUGAGCUCGUCGGAUUACACAGCAAGCCAUAUCCUGUCUUAUUUAUACCGUUUGCCAUUCAUGGCCACGAGAAUUUUCUUUGGCCGCUUGUACGGCAUAAACUAUCAUAUCAGGUUUGUCUCGCCCACUCAUGAAUGGGUCAAAAAGGCCAAAGAUAUCUUUGAACAAAACCACAUCAAAGUCACUAUUGACAGCGUCUACCCCCUGAAAGACUGGAAACAGGGCUGGACCAAGCUAGAUAGCCAGCGGAGCCGAGGCAAAGUCGUCAUCGCUAUUGAGUAA